CUGAGGUAAGCACCGGGCUCCGGGACUGCUGCAGGAGUGCCGCGCAGAGACACGCGGGGCCGCUCCGGGAGCGUGGCGGCAGCAGCGCAGUAUUUCUAAGAUCAAGGAUGCUGGAGAGAGUGCACCUCGCGUAAAAGUCUUAGAAGUCUUCUGUGACUGUCUCCCCACUGAGGAGAAGGAUUAUCAAUAGCAUUCAGUAGCAUCUAGGAAAUUACUGGAUUUUUCCUUCCAUCUCCUUGACAAAUGCUCCAAGUUCCCAAAAACCAUGAACUGUUUUUUCUGAAGCUGUUGAGGCUGAUACAAGCAGAGUGGAGGGCUAUUUUCUGUAGUCCUGCAAAGCGACCUGGUGUUUGAAAUGCUGAAAAGGAAACUGCGCUUUUUCCACAACUCGCGUUUCAGACUUUUCUUGGGCCUAACUCUGAUUUUAGUAAUCAUUUCAGUUCUGAAAGUUAACCAGAAAGCAAACUUCAUAAACCGAAGACAUCUAGAGCUGACAAAGGAAGACCCUAUUGGUGAUGUGAACUGCACUAAGAUACUGGAGGGUGAUAUAGAAGAAAUUCAAAAGGUAAAGCUUGAGACAUUAUCAGUGUCAUUUAAGAAACGUCCCAAGCUAACAACCAGUGACUAUAUAAACAUGACAACAGACUGUGCCUCUUUCACCAAAAUGAGGAAAUACAUUAUGGAACCUCUCAGCAGUGAAGAAGCAGAAUUUCCGAUUGCUUACUCAAUAGUGGUUUAUCACAAAAUUGAGAUGCUUGACAGACUUCUGAGAUCAAUCUAUGCUCCUCAGAAUUUUUACUGCAUCCAUGUUGACAGAAAAUCUCCAGAAUCUUUUUUUACAGCUGUGAAAGGGAUAGUUUCCUGUUUUGAUAAUGUCUUCAUAUCCAGCCAGUUAGAGAGUGUUGUGUAUGCUUCAUGGAGCAGGGUGCAGGCAGAUAUUAACUGCAUGAAAGAUCUCUAUAGAAGAAGUUCAAACUGGAAAUAUCUAAUAAACCUCUGUGGCAUGGACUUUCCUAUCAAGACCAACCAGGAAAUAGUAGAGAAAUUAAAAGCUCUUAAAGGUGAAAACAGCUUGGAAACAGAAAAAAUGCCUGUUUAUAAAGAAGUAAGGUGGAAAAAACAUUAUGAGAUUGUUGAUGGUAAAGUGAAAAACACAGGUAUAGACAAACAACUACCACCUCUCAAUACUCCAAUUUUUUCUGGCAGUGCCUACUUUGUAGUUAGCAGAAGAUUUGUAGAAUAUGUAUUAGAAAACAGCAAAAUCCUCAAAUUUAUUGAGUGGGCAAAAGACACUUACAGCCCCGAUGAGUACCUAUGGGCAACAAUUCAGAGAAUCCCUGACGUCCCAGGUGCUGUUUCUUCUAGUGACAAGUAUGAUGUUUCUGACAUGAAUGCACUGGCCAGGUUUGUCAAGUGGCAGUACUUUGAAGGAGAUGUGUCUAAAGGUGCGCCCUACCCACCAUGCAAUGGAGUUCAUGUUCGAUCUGUCUGUGUGUUUGGGGUAGGAGACCUGAACUGGAUGCUGCGAAACCACCACUUCUUUGCUAAUAAGUUUGAUACUGACGUUGAUCCUUUUGCUGUGAAAUGUUUGGAAGGAUAUUUGCGACACAAAGCUUUGUAUCUGCAAAAGAAGUGAAAUACUGCAUGCUCCAGUUAGGAAACACAGGUCCAAAUAACAUACAGCUGUAAAUUUUUACAGGCAACACUGGUGGUGGUGGUGAUGGGAAUGGUGGUUAUCACGACGCUGGUAUAGUGAUGAUGUGGCCCUUUUUUGUGCAUUGACGAGGAGGAGAGAAGGCAUACAUCAAAUGAGGCUGAGAAUGCCUUAUGUUGCACGCUGGGGCUUGGAACUUGGGUACAAAAUCACAGACAGUAGUGUUUGGAAGCUCAACUAAUUUGAAUAUUUAUUAACUCAAUAUGUGUUAUGGUAUAAUUAGAGGGCUUCCUGGGGUUAAACUGUUUGUUGAAUGCCUGGAAAAUGAAUGUUGCUCGUGAUUAUUUCUGAGUUGUUGGUAUUUUUUCCCAAGAAUUUAAUGCUAGCUAAAAAGGAGAAGUGAGGAGAAACAGGAGGAAGCAGCAGCGGGUCUGCAUGAAGUUCAUGUUAGUGCUGGAAGAUCUCAGGAACUUAACAAUGAAUUGAUUUGAAAACUAAACAAAAGGGGAUAUAUAAAGCCAAAGGUCAUCACUUAACUUAAAUACAACUGCUGCAGCUCUGCUAUGUGUAAUUCUCAGUCCUUUUGAAAAUCUUCAUGAGGAAUAUUAAGGAUUUGUAUUUCUAUUUUUGUAAAAAAAACCUUGCUUUUGUACUCUUAAACCCUCCCUGGUAAUGUGAUAAGAAGUUUAUAUAUUAGUUCCUAGUUAUAUCUUCUCAGGGAAACUUCAGUUUUGUGCCUGAUAAGAGUUGUAAUUUUACACUUACUGUACCACGAGCCUUGCUUUUGGAACUAAAAUGACUCAAAAAGGUCACUCUCAAAAAGUUAAAAGAAUUGCAGCAAUGUAUAAAUGUUACUGAUUCAACUGCUGAUUUCCACAUUCUGUUAAGUUCAACUUGCAUUCCAAGCAAUUUUAACACUAGGUAUGAGAAAAUAAAGUUAUUUUUCUGAAUCAUAUUGUCUCUUCCUAAAAGGAAAUUCCUUUUGAAAGUAGUGCAGGUAAUUGUGGCCUGGGAGAUGAGCACAGAAGGGAAAUACUUCGUGGCAACCCAAGUUUUCUUCCCCAUCUUUUGGCUUUCAGACAGCUGUAAGAAUGGUCUUAACAGACAGCUGUACUUUACCACCUCUGUACAAGCUACAGCAAGGAGGAACUUCACUGUGCAGUCAAGGGAAAUGUCAGGAAGCUUAAUUUUUAAUUCAUUUCUUUUAAGAAUUUCUACCUAAACACAAACUGCAUAAAUAGCUCUUAUAACACAAUGGCUCACAGUUCAAAAGGGAUGGGAAAGAUGAUAGUGAAGUUCCUGGCGCAGCAUGGAUGUAUUUAAUUACUUGAAAUCCUCCAGACAUCAGGAGCAUCAGAUUGUUUACUUGUUGCAGUGUUUUUUGUACUUAUUAAUAUGUAUAAUACAAUGAAUGCCUAUCUUCUAACAAUGCUGCUACUGUAGAUAGUGCAGGUGGUACUUGAUUAGGUGCUUUGAAUAUUACUCUCUGGGCAGAGUCAAGAGAGGUCCUGUGUGUUCUCAUGGUGUGGACUGUUUUAUGUGGGAGGAAAAAUGCAAGAACAGCUCUUUGUUUAGCAUGAAUUCUCCAGUACAGGGGAAUUAUUUUUUCUCCUGGGGAAUGUAAACCACAAAAACAGCCACCCUCAAACUUAACUGUAGAAGAGAAGCUCCAGUUGAGUAGGUUUUAAGUGGUGUAGUGGGUACCCAGAUAAACACUUGCUGAAGAAAUAUGUGCCUUUCUCAAACUCCCAUAUCUUGUCUUUCAGUUUCCAUUGCCGAGUUUUCCAAAGCAGCUUAGUACACUGGAGGUUCUGCGCUGCUUCAGCCAUAAAAAUGGACCAAGACCCCACCCCCAGCUUCUACAUAAGCAUUUUGCAUGGCCCAAUUAAUAGCAAAUUUAUUGGUUUACACAUAGCAUUAAGUAACUGUGGUAACCAAGUAUCCUUAUCCCUAGGAGUCACUAAGCUGAAAGUUUUCAAGCUCAAAGGCUGAUUUUGCCCCAGAAACAUAAUUACUUAAUUACUAAUUAAGCAUACUUCCAUCUAAAACCUGCUUCCCAUGUUAGGUUUGGUCCAACAGGAAGAAUGUGUUUGGCUGUCUGACUGCCUCCUAGAUAGCACAUCAGAGGUGACAGGAAAACUUUGUGCUGAACAGUGCAAUUAUGAUCAAACUAAACAGCCAGACUGCCAUGACUUGGUGCACUUUUAAGUGGCAUGACAAUUAACAAUAGCCACCUGGGCUAUAACACAUAACUAUAAUGCAUAUGCAUUAGAAAAUAAAAAAGAAAGAAGAAAUUGUAGCUUGCAUUGUGCUGGUAAGAAUCUAAUCCCUCUCUCUAGAUGCAGCACUGCUACAAGCUCAGAAUGCCAACAAUAAAAAUAAUGAGCAUGAUUUAAGAUCUGCUUGCAGUAUUUCAGUUUCCUAAUUAUGGCUUAUUUUAAUCUUAAGAAAUUAUUAGCAGAUUACUUAGUCACUUAAAGAAUACACUGAAGUCCUUGUAUUAGUGAGGAUCUCCUCAGUCAGUUAAAAUAAUAGGAACUGUAUUACUUAGAAUGGCUUUCCACUAAUUAGCAAUAUCAUCCACUCUCAGCUUAAAACUUAAGAAAUUUUGUAGCCCAGUUUUCUUCUCAAAUUAACUUUUUUGGUGUGAUUGUCUUCUGUAAUAGAGCUUUAUACAAGGAAGUUAAGAACACAGUCAAAUGCUUUGAGUCAAGCCGAAGUAUCUAUAUAGCCUAUAUUCAGCCUAUAUUCUUGAAUAUCUAUAUUCAGCCAGGAACAGCAUGUCAGGAAGGGCUCUGAGCAGGAAUUACCUGUUAAAAAUCUCUGUACUACACUCCAAGACUCAAACUCCUUCUGACAGACACUGAUCUAAUUAUUCUUUCUUAAAAUAACUAAUUUCAGACCAGUGAACCAGGUUCUACAGGGACAUCCAGUCAUGCACUAGUAAAACAUCAGGUACCUGACCUUAGCCUCUUUCUCUUGUUAAGAUAAGCAGUAUUUCAGAAGUAACAGAAAAAAAAAGAAAAAGAAAAAAAAAGUUAUUACAGUCCUUUCUGACAGUACUGCUCUUAAUUUGUCUGAAGCAAACCCUUUUAUCUCCCUUCCUUUCAAUCAGCUUUGCUGCACAUCUGGGUGGGGAGCAGAAGUUGCCGUAUGACUUCAAAGGCUGUUUUACUGACUGGUGUGUGAUAGAAACAGAAAACUGUGGCUCAGUAUCGGCACUUGUAAGUUCUUAGCUUAUUUUGGCACUGGUUAUCUUAAUUGCAUUAGUGGACAGACAGAUUUAUCAGUGUUGAUGUGACAUGUGUUUAGUAUGGAAGACUAACACUACAGGACUGCCCACCAUAUCUUAAUACUCUUAGCCUUUUUAAACAAUGGGCUAAUAGUAAUUAGAUCACUACCCAUGCCAUGCUGUUAAACCUUGGUUACCUGUUAGAACCACUAGAUUAUGAGGACGUCGGAAUAUCUCCUCCUCAAGAAAGAGUGUAACUCCAUAACCUGGUCUUAAAUCCCAGCCACCAUUCCUGCCUGUUUGGACCCUAUGCAAAAACCAGCAGACCUGCUGCUGUCAACACACCAGCUGUUGCUGGCCAAUUGCCCUCCUGCCUGUGUGGGGCUCCUGAGGCCAAAAGGAGGCAGUGAGUUGAUCUGUUCUGCACUAAACAGUGCUGCCCAAGAUACCUGUGCAGCAUGUCUGUGUGGGGCUUGAGCAGAGCAAGGAGAUGCUUGUUAGAAGUAAUGUCACACACUUAUAAUCCUGGCAUCCUGAUGCACUCAAUUCCCAUUGCUACAGGGGAGGUUUGUUUCUUCAUCAUAGUAAACCCCAAUGAACCUACUUUGGGGUGCUGAGACAAGAAGAACUAAUUAUCUCUUCAGUGCAUGCGGCCCCAUAGCCACUCCUUCACAAGAACCGGACAGCAUAUCUACAACACACAAAAUGUAAGAAUUCAGAAAAAAUAAAUAAAAAUAAAUAUCCAGACUACACAACUCAUGUACAGCUGGCCAGGGUAAAAGGGGAAGUGAAGCUCAGACAGGGUUAGAGAACCUAUUUGCAGCAAGGAGGCUUACUGCAUUGGGAUUCCUUUUUUUUUUUUUAACCCCAGCUUCCCAUCUCUUCAGUCACAGGGGUACCUAGAUUGAAAAUUAAAUGAAUUUAAUCACAUACAGGCAGAAGAAUCUGUUGCUGAGUUAUCUGUCCAAAUUUAUUCCACAAUAAACACUGACACUUAUAUUAAAACAAAACAAAACAAAAGCCAUAAGAAAGUAAUUAUAGCAUUCAGACACACAGAGAAAAUAAGAGAUUUUCCUCCAGCAGAUGAAAUCUUUCUCAAUACCUCCAAAUCAGCAAAAUUUGAAAACAUACAAUUCUUCCCUUUAUGAAUUCAAAAUAAGAACUACUAUAUACACCGUGUUUUACUUGAGGGUAAUGUCGAUAAACUGAGAUUCAGGAUAAAAUAGAAAGUUGAAUUAUGAAUUUAGAUUAUGUAUCAUCAUUUAGAAACAGUUUCCACUAUUCUAACAUAACACUUUGAGCAAAUUUUCUAUGUUCUGUAGGAUCUUCCAUAAGAAGAAAACAACCGGGAAUGUUUUAAAUUGAGUACAGUCACUUUUGCACUGUUGUUUAACACAGGGGCAUACUCAGUCACUUAUUCAGGGGAAGGAUGAAAAGAAUCAUGUCCCUGUUUCUACCUAAUGUAGGCUUUAAUAUCUCUGAGGAUGUGGUAUUGAAGCCAAACUAGUGAAGGGAAAUUGGGACCUGGAGAAUGGAUAAUAUCAUAGAAUCAUAGAAUUACCCAAAUUGGAAAAGACCUCGAAGAUCAUCAAGUCCAACCACAGCCUAACCAUAGUACCCUAACUCUAACAACCCUCUGCUAAAUCAUAUCUCUGAACAAGAUGGUGUAUUUCAUCUGUGAUGCUGAUUUCAGCUGGGUGGUUCUUUCUUACUUUAUUUUUUUUGUAAAUUCAGAAUCUCAAGCCUUCUUAAGAAUAAUAACUUUUUCGUGGCUGACAUUUAUCUGGCAGAGAAUAAUGAAAGCAACUGGUGGCUUUAUUUUAAAAUUAAAAUCUCAUUUGCGACUA